AUGGUGGGCUACUGUCCCAUCUUUGGGAAACCCGUCUACUUUGGUGAGAAGAUGAGGUCAUUGGGGCGGGACUACCACCCUCUGUGUCUGAAGUGUCAACUGUGUCAGAGACAGUUGACCCCGGGACAACAUGCUGAGCAUGAUGAGAAACCCUACUACACUAACUGUUACAUGUAG